AUGAAUUUUCUUCUGUGUGUUCAACUAAUCGUGUUAUCAGUCGUAGCUUCUCAAGCAUUUCUUUGUAAGGAAGCAUCUCUUUCUUGUCCUGUGAUAACUCGGAAUCAUCGCCGACUUAAAGGCUUCACGCUCAAAACAUUUCAUUCGGCAAGCCUGUUAUCCUGUAGUUUGCAAUGUCAGAGAAACCCACGAUGCAUUUCAACAAAUUUCAGAAAAAUUUCCAAAACUGAGGGAACCUGUGAGUUAAACGACAGAGGAGUCUUCCCUCUUGAGGAAGGAAAAGAACUGGAAUAUGACGAAGAAGCUAUUUACACUCAAUUAUACAAGAAGAAG